CUAAAUUUAGGCCGUAUGGAAACCGAAAGUAAUACGAGCGAUUUUGGUCGGGAGCGAGUUGUCUGUAUUUAGAUUAGAGCGGCGCAGUGCGCGCGCGCCGCCGGUGAUGAUAACGCAUCGCAGUGCAUUGUAAUGCCGUGAUAGUGAUCGAUGUGCAGUGAUAGAUUAAAGGAUUUGGAUGUCACAAAUGCUGCCCGAAGGAGGAGAAGUGAUGCGCCGAGUGGCGUGCGGCGACGUGUGUCCCGCGCCGCCCGCGCCCGCGCCACAAGCCCUGCAGCCUAACAGAACAUCCGAGAACAAAGAACUUCUCCGGCAGCAACUCCUAUCAGCCAGCAAAGACCGCCUCGCCGAAAAGACAGAGCCGCCGAAGCAGAAGCACGUGCGGAACCGGCAGAAGAACCGAUGGAAGCUGAAGUUCCACCACCAGGCCCUCCCGCAGGAAUACCUCGACCACUACGAGCAGAGCCUGCAGAAAGCCAACGCUAAACAAGCGCAGAAGCCAAAACCACAAGAGAAACCCAAAGUGGAACCCAAUAUAGACUUAAACAACAUCACCAAUGAAACCUUCAAGAUAUGGGCGCAGAGGCUAGCCGGAAUACAGAACGAAACGGGAACAUUAACUGUACCUAGUGUACCGUCGGUGCUAAACAUGGCAGCGAAGCCCAAAGCUGAAGAAAAGAAGAAAAAAAACCCUACAAUAGCCCCCAGUAAAAUCGUGACCUACGACGAUCUUCCGUACAUGGGCGAGAUGACAUUGAACAACUCUAAGCCAAGAAGAGGCCGAAAACCUAAAAAGGCAGAUAUUUGCCACUUAAUCUACGAAAAUUACGGAACUGUAGUGCCAGGACAACCACCUCCUGCGCAGGAUAGAUUAAACCAGCUGUCAAUGGGCACUCAAUAUCGACCUGAAAAUGCUCCUACAAGCACUCCUAAAACAGAUCUGCAGAACAAAAUUAUUUCAAGUCUAUUAGAAAGGAAGUUGUCUCAAGAAAAUAAAAGGCGGUUAGAAAAUCUGUCGCCGCAAAGGUUCAACAGCCCUGAUGAACCGAUGCCCGAAGCACCUCUCACUAUCCCAGGGCCUCUACACAGCGACGAUGAACCCUUGAACUUGUGUAUUAGAGAUCUCUCAGAUCUGAAGCUACAAAUUCAGAAAAAGUUCGGUAACAUCUACCCUUCCAUGCCUGAAGUGAAAACUGAAAUGGAAUUGGAAGCUGAACAAGAAAUCCGAAAGACUGAACAGUCGAAUGCAAUUUCUGUGAUACAGAGGAACACGAAUCUUCUACCUGCCACUGCGAGCAGUUCACCAGACCUGUCCAGGCAAACUAGGAAUAUAUCUCCAGCGUUAUCUGAGCCAGCACAGUCCACCGCCAGUCCAGACGGCGAAGGGAAAUUCCCUGGCUACGUAUACUGGCCUAACGCAGGAAUCUACAUGCAUCCUUUAGCUUUACAAACACAACUGUUAUACUACCAAAGGCUAGCAGCGGCCGGGCAACUGCCCAGCGAGGAUCAGGACCGUGCCAAUUCAACACCUAGCAGUGUCAACGAAAGUGUGUCGACUGAACCAAACUCGUCACUAGACGAGAGCAAAAGCAAAUUAGUACUCAAACAAAUAUCAGAACUGUUAGACCCCAAAGUGAUAAAGCAGGUGGAAGAGGCGAAGCGAAGUCCGGACCAGUCAAAAAUGAAGAGGACGUCUCCAAAUCCUGUGACGGGUCCAGUAAAGAGAAAACGGUCUGCAAUAUUCAUCCCUCCAAUGCCAACGAAAACUAGCUCAACCACUCCAACGACAGAAGUCAGUAUCUGUAAAUUCAAAUUCACUGGUGGGUCGAAGCCUUCUUUGCAAGAGAAGAAAAUGCUGUCAGUAGAUUCUGGAGGCAACUUUAGAUACUACAGUGGGACUGGCAAUAAGGGUAACAAAGGAUAUGAUUACUUGCAUAAGAAUUCAAACCAAGGAAGACAGGCUGAGGCUGAGGCUACUGCGUCGACUGUGGCGAAAGUCGAAGUCCCGACAUCUUUGAGCAAGGAAGAGUUAAGUAAGAAGAAGAGGAAGUCUAAAAAGAGUUUGCAGAGGGAGAAAUUGGAGCAGACGUUUAAAGAGAAGGGGUUUCUGAUACAGACUCAGCAGUUGCAAUCAGCUGAAGGGGCAACAUACUGCAAGUUUAGGCAACUACGGAAGUUUACGAGGUAUUUGUUCAGGAGUUGGAAGGAUUAUCUUCCUGGGGAGUUGGAAGAGAGGAACAAUGCUGAAGCAGUACCUGAACCGCAGCCGUCUCCGGCAAACGAAGGAACAGCUGGAGAAUGGGGCUGAGAGACGGGACGUUGGGAUUGAUAGUGUUCUUUUUGGUUUCGUUUUAUGCUGACUGUGCUAGACAAUAACCGGGGUUUUCAUAAAAAUUAUAACAGGUGUAGCACCGUUUUAGCCCAAAACUUAUUUUGAGUUUUUAGUACUGAUGAAAAGAGACUAAGGAGUAAACGGUGCUGAAAGACUGUUUUUAUUUUAUGGAUAAAUAAAUUAAGUUUGAAUGAAACAUGCUGAGAGUUAUUAGUCGAAGUCUAACUGUAUAGACUUUAUUUACUUAUGGUUGAAGAACUGUCAUUUUGACAGAUAGAACUUUACGCCAGAAUGUUUGAUGCAAACCGAGGUAGUGCUUAUUAAAAUACACGCGAGUGAGAAUUAAAAAAAUGCUUUGCACGACGCUAUCAGUCCCUAGUAUUUACCAGAGCUAUAGGUUCGAUUCCACAAAUGUUUACUAGCUCUAAAACUGUCAUUGUAUCUCUUUCUUUCAAACUGCCAAAACAUACAUUUAACAAAGUAUUCCACCACAGUAAAAUGUCAUACAAAUCAUGUGUUGUCCCUUUUUAUUUACUAAAGAAAGAAAGAGAUAAUUUGAUUUAUAGAGGCAGUGGAAUCAUGCCCAGUAUAAGCCAAAGAAGUGACGCGAUGUACCGGCCCAAAAUGGCCGACAGAUGCAUUUAUUUAUAUAUAGUGAGACUAAAAGUUACUCCGAAUUUCUGAAUCGCCGCUCCGUCCAAGUACUGAAGUGUGUGUCGCUUUAUGUUUUUGUGUUGUGUACCUUAUAUUAAUAUGUAUAGGGUUUAUUUCACUACUAGAGGGUCUUCUCAAAACGAUUGAUAUCUCAAUAUCCUGGACAGGUGUGGGUUUAAACUUUUUGCAUACAAAAAGGUUGUAAAUAUUAAUUUGUAGGUGGUGAAAUGAGCCCUAAUUUUUUGUUACGGAUAUUGGUGAUCUGAGCUCAAAUAAUAUAUUAAUUUUUUAUCAAAUUGUGACAAUAGUUAGUGUUGUGCUCCUGUUGUACCUAAUUUUAAUCAGUAAUUUAUAAGUUAUAAAACAUUUUAAGCUGUUAGCAUUUUUAUAAUAAGUGUACAUGGCAAAUCCGUCAAAGCGAAUUAUUUAAUAUGUCAUUGACAAUCAAUAUUUAUAUUUGUCUUUAAAAAACAAACUUGUUUACAUUUUGUAUAAAUAUUUCACUAUUUUUGUAUAGGAUGUGUUAUACGUUUGAUGUAAAGCUAAUAGUUUUUUUUAAAUAUACUAACAAAACUAGUCAGUUGACACCUCUAACUUAAAAUAAGGCCUAGUUCGAAUAAAUUGUACAUAUAAAAAGCAAGAGUCUUAUCUAGUCAUUACUGUUAAGUUUUAUACUCAUUUGUUAGUUGUUUUAACUUGUACAGACAUUUUAAUGAACUUAAUACAUAAAUAAUAUAAAUAAAUUGUUUUGUAUAAUAAAAAACUCAGUUUUGUACUCAAUAAACUUUAUUACAGAAUGUUUCUGUUAUGCAAAAAAGGAAUGUAAACGUCCCAGAAAUAAACUUUAACCAAAUCUAAACGUUUUGUGAUUUAUCAACGAAGGAAGUCUACGAUUAAACAAAAAGAUUUUAGCCUCCAAUUCGAUGACAUAACAAUACUAAUUUUAAACAGGAUUAUUUCUUUCAAAGAAAUCACACAGUUAAAUCAUCUACAAAAAAGGAUGUAACAAGGAAUAUAAAAAUAUCAAGCAACAAUGGUCCCAAAAUAGAUAUAGCCAUAUUCUGGCUAACAUAUAUGAAACAGGCAAAAAUGCGGGUAGUUACACUUAUCACCUAACCCUUCAAAAUCUUUCCAAAACCUUCAACAGUCUAUAUACCUUGUGCGUCUUUCAAUAUAAAGGCACUUAUAAACGUUAUUACACAUAGAAUAUAGUAACAUAUAAAAGAUAUAAAAAUCUAUAAUAUAACAUACAACCAUGAUCAUCGAUUCUUACAUCUAGUGUAGCGUUAGGAACUACGCAGUGUACUUAAAAACCGGUUAAAAAUAGUCAAAACCGGUU